UCACGGGGUAGUCAAAAGAGGACUAAGUGGAAAUAGCCGAUCCCAAUAGGCAAAGAAUAUGGGCCAAGCCAUCUCCCAGGAUAAGAUCAGUAAAAGUAUUCAGAACGUCCUGAAUGCACAGGGCGUGAAAGUCAAGAAAGCACAGAUUCGGAUUUUUGUGAGAACUUUAGAUAGUAUCUGUCCUUGGCUUUCUAAUGAGGAAGUAAUUGAUAUUGGAGUCUGGGAGAGGGUUGGAAGACAAAUUAAUCAAGCACUCCUGAGUAGCCCUGACCUUUACCCUGACAACACUUUUUCUUUCUGGGCCAUGAUUUCUGCGGCCCUGGGUCACGGGCCCAAAGCACAAGUAAUGCAAGCCAUUAACGAAGUGGAAGAAACUCUGAGGGAGGAGGAGAAACGCAGCCAAACCUCUCAAACGCCCUCAGAGGCGGGAGAUAAAGAGGAAAAAUUGAAACCCCUUUCUUUAUGCGAUCCAGAGGUACUUUCUAAGCCCCCCGGAUGGUCUCUGUAUCCUGCUCUUCCAGAUCCUCAGUCCUCUCUCUCAGAAAGAGAUCUCCCCCCAUAUCUCCCAGCGCUCCGCGUAUGGAAGAAUGGCCAUCCAACCCUGAGAGGGGGUCGCCUUGGCCCACGCAGAAGGAGACACCUAGUGAUUUAUGCGGGCCAACCCCUCCGAUAGAACUUUAGAGAGAAAGGCUUUAGCAACUCUAGUUGAAGGAAGAAUAGCCCCUCUCUCUGUUGCAGGGGAGUCCUGCACUCCUCUGCAGAGGUGCCUCCGUAGGGCUCUGGAGGCGGGGGAAGAUGUCCCUAAAGAGCUCUUUCCUAUAAUUGAAGUUCAGGGACCUCAGGGGCCUCAACAAGAGCAUCGCCCUCUGGAGUUUAAAUUGAUAAAGGAAUUGAAACUAGCAGUAAAUCAGUAUGGAACCAACGCGCCAUUUACUACGGUGAUUUUUGAAUCUCUUUCUGGACAAUGGCUGGCCCUGGGGGAUUGGAAGGCCAUAUGCAAGGCAGCCUUAUCGGGAGGAGAUUACUUGCUAUGGUGGACUUAUACUGAAAAAUGCAAAGAGAUGGCUCACCGUAACCGUCAAGCGGGCAUGGCCAUUGCUACUUAUGACAUGUUGUCAGGGGAGGGUCUAUAUGACAACCUCCAGGCACAAGCCCAGUAUGUGCCCGCUGUGUAUGACCAAGUGGCCAAUUGUGCUCGUCAGGCCUGGAGACAGUUACCCAGUAGUGGAGACUUAAGUAAUAGCUUGAGCAAUAUCCGGCAGGGACCUGAUGAACCUUAUUCAGAGUUUGUGCAUCGCCUACUGGACGGAGCUAGUAGGAUUUUUCCUGAUGCCCAGACAGGCUUGCCCUUUGUCACACAAUUGGCCUAUGAGAAUGCUAACAAAUGGUGUAAGCCUGUGCUGAGACCUUGGAAGGCAAAAACAGAUUUAAAUGGUUACAUUCGCCUGUGUGCAGAUGUGGGAAACAAUGUUAUAGUCGCUUGGGCUCAGGCCAGCGCCCGGGAAGCAGUCCGAUCCGGAGGGAAUUUUGCCAGCUAUAUUCAGGGAAUGCAACAGGGCUAUAGAAAAGGGAAAAAUAAAGGGCAUACUGUGGGGGCCAAGGCAAAGGGCACUAUCUGUUACAACUGCCGACAGGAAGGACACAUACAGAGACAGUGUCCGCUUCUAACUGCCGCGCCCCCCCCCUCGGGCAGCAUCGGGAAACUCCUAGCUAUGUACUCGCUGCUGCAAGGGCCCACAUGA